UCAAGUUUUAAAAAGUAAGAGUUUAUCCCUCAAAUCUAUUUUGAGCCAAUUUUAUCAAACCUCUUGACUCGUUCCUCACGCUCUCUCCCUUUUGUGCCAUUUCAGAUCGUCACUUCAACCCUUUUCCUUAAUCGCUUUCCUUUUCUCUCUGUUUUCCGGCGACCAGUAAUCGGCGGAUUUUUUUUUUCCGGUAUGCAGUUUCCACGGUGACGGCCGCUCCCAUCACCCACCGGACAUACGGCAACCGGGGUAGGGCAAGAUGGAAGCUAAUAUUUAUGAUCUUAAGGUGCCUCUAAAUUCAAGGGACCUCGAUUAUAACUUGGAGAAGGAUCGUGCAAAUUUGUUUUUCUACGGAGAAGUAUGGAGAGGAAGAGUGAGAUCAAAUGUAGAGGAACACAGAACAAUAGAUACCAUAGAAGCCGGAGGAUUCCUCACUGACGAAUUUUUCAACCAAGCCAUUACAUCAACGUGUCGUCUAAGAAUCUCGCAAAUCACCUAUCCAGCAAAACUCCGAUCUCUUCAAAAAGGCCUAGCCAUGGUGCACGGCGUAAAACGAGCAACCGUACAUCUCGAAUUCAAAGAAGCCAAAGUCUUGUUUGAUCCAAAUUUAACCACAGAAACCCUAAUCCUCAAAGCAAUCGCGGAUAUCGGCUUUGAAGCAGAUCUCAUCUCCGUGGGAGACGAAGCCUACGAAGUUCAUUUAAAACUCGACCGAGCUAGCUCUGGAGACAUGGGCGCCAUAAAGUCCUCUCUGGAGCAAGCUGUCGGAGUAACUUAUGUUGAAAUGGAAGUGGUAGAGCGGAUGGUGACGGUGGGGUAUGAACCUGAUCGGACGGGUCCAAGAUCGAUCUUGCAAUUCUUGGAGAAGUAUGGAGCAAGGUUGUACGUGCCUCCAAAGAGAAGAGAAUUGGAGCAGCAUCAAGAAGCUUGUGCUUAUAGGAAUUUGUUCUUGUUUAGCUGCUUGUUUUCUGUUCCGGUGGUGGCUUUCGCAAUGGUGCUUCCAAUGCUUCCUCCAUACGGAGAUUGGUUGAAUUUUAGGGUUUGCAAGAUGCUCACUAUUGGGAUGGUUCUUAAAUGGAUCUUCUGCACUCCAGUCCAGUUCCUUGCUGGUGGCAGAUUUUAUGUAGGAUCGUACCGUGCAUUACAACGGAAAUCUGCAAAUAUGGAUGUUUUGGUUGCUGUAGGCACCAAUGCAGCUUACUUUUACUCGGUAUACAUAGUAUUUAAAGCAUCCACUUCCAACUCUUUUAGGGGGAAGGAUUUCUUUGAGACUAGCUCCAUGUUGAUCUCCUUCAUUCUACUUGGAAAAUAUUUAGAGGUCAUGGCCAAAGGCAAAUCAUCAGAUGCUUUAGGAAAGCUUGCUCAUCUUGCUCCGGACACGGCUUGUUUGAUGAACUUUGAUGAUAAUGGAAGUUUGCUAUCUGAGGUGGAGAUUGAUACCCAACUGAUACAGAGAAAUGACAUAAUUAAGAUUGUUCCAGGGGCAAAAGUUCCUGUUGAUGGGAUUGUUAUUGGUGGUGAAAGUAAUGUGAAUGAGAGUACAAUUACAGGAGAAGCAAGAUCCAUUUGCAAAUCAACUGGUGAUAAGGUUAUUGGAGGAACUGUCAAUGAGAAUGGAAUCUUAUUUGUUAAGACCACUCAUGUUGGAACUGAUACUACACUUUCUCGAAUUGUACAACUCGUGGAAUCAGCGCAGCUAUCACGAGCACCGGCUCAAAAAUUAGCAGAUCAGAUAUCAAAGUUCUUUGUUCCUGUUGUUGUUGUGGCAGCAUUUGUGACAUGGCUUGGAUGGUUAAUUUGUGGAGAAAUUGGUUUAUACCCCAAACAUUGGAUACCAAAAGGCAUGGAUGAGUUUGAACUUGCACUGCAGUUUAGCAUUUCAGUGCUGGUGAUUGCAUGCCCUUGUGCCCUUGGCUUAGCAACGCCAACUGCGAUCAUGGUUGCAUCAGGAAAGGGUGCUUCUUUAGGCGUGCUCAUUAAAGGGGCAAGUGCACUUCAAAAUGCAUACAAGGUGAAAACGGUAGUUUUUGACAAGACUGGAACUCUAACAGUUGGAAGGCCAGAGGUAGUUAGUGUUGUGCUUUUUUCUACAUUUCCAAUGCAGGAGGUUUGUGAUGCAGCAAUAGCAAUUGAGUCAAACAGCGAUCACCCUUUUGCAAAACCUGUAGUGGAGCAUGCAAAGAAAAUGAGAAGGAAGUUCGGGGCCCGAAGCGAAUGUUGCAAACGCGUCCAGAACUUUGAGGUGUUCCCGGGAGGAGGGGUUGGAGGAAAAAUUGAUAGAAAGACAGUUUUAGUAGGAAACAAAAGGCUAAUGCGAGUUCACAACGUUGAUAUUACUCCUCAAGUUGAUCGGUAUACCAUAGAAAACGAGCGGCUGGCUCAAACAUGUGUCUUGGUAGCUAUUAAUGGCAAGAUAGCUGGAGGUUUUGGCGUUUUGGAUACACCAAAGCCGGGUACUAAAGCUAUCAUAUCAUUUCUUCGCUCCAUUGGCAUCUCAACCAUAAUGAUCACUGGAGAUAACUUGGCCACAGCCUUUGCGGUUGCAAGAGGAGUUGGGAUUAAUAAAGUCUUUGCAGAGAUGGAUCCAAUUGAAAAGGCUAACCAGAUUAAAUCCUUAAAGACGAGAGGCAAUAUUGUGGCAAUGGUGGGAGAUGGAGUAAACGACUCACAUGCCUUAGCUGCAGCUGAUGUUGGUAUUGCAAUUGGUGCUGGAACCAAUAUUGCUAUAGAAGCAGCUGAUAUUGUUCUAAUGCGAAGCAAUUUAGAAGAUGUGGUUACUGCCAUAGAUCUCUCAAGACAAACGGUUUAUCGUAUAUGGCUUAACUACAUCUGGGCUCUUGGCUAUAAUAUCAUCGGCAUGCCUAUCGCUGCCGGAAUCCUAUAUCCCUUCUUUGGAAUCCGAUUGCCACCGUGGCUUGCUGGUGCCUGCAUGGCUGCUUCCUCUCUUAGUGUUGUAUGUUCUUCUCUCUUGUUGAAAUGUUAUAGGAGACCCUUGAAUUUUCAAUCCACUUAAAAACUUAAUUCAACUUUCUUUUUGUUGUGAUUUGAUGAAAUGGUGAUUUUAGUUGAUGAUAUAUUCAAAUCACUUUCCAAGAUUUGAAUAUUGUUGUUUUGGUACAUGGUGGAAGAAAAUUUUGAAAACUACUUCCUUGUAGAAUAAGUAAUUGAGGAGGUAGUGAUUUUUGUUGUUGUUAAAGUGCUAAUACAACUAAAUGGUCAUUUCAAACUCAUUCAUAAAUAGGUUUGGAAGAAGAAAACAAAAUGUUUUACUAUUUA